UAAUUUGCUCGAGUUAAUUUUUCUGAAUUUAUGCUCGAUUUGCAUAAUGCAUUCUGUGUUUUAGCUGCUUCUUGAUCUCAUCAUUGUUUUUUAAUCCCGUGUUUGAUUUACUUUUUAUUCAUCAAUUAGUCGAAAUUCGAUUGGGGAAAUCGAUUUGAUCAUGCGUUCUAUUUUGAGCCUUCUCAUUUUGUUUCUGAGAUUCUGCCCCGCGAGUCCAAUUUUCGUCCUCUUUAUCUUUGUUACUUGGAAUUUUAGGGCUGAAGAAGCUGUUGGCCACUUGAUAAAUUUCGUUUUUUAAUUUUGGUGUGAAUACGAAAUAGGCAUCCUGUGAAUCUUGAUUGUUGAGAUCUGCUUCCUGGCAAUCAAGUUUGAGAAUAUCUUUUCUUCGGAACUUCAUUGUUUACAGUAGCUACCAUGAUAAUGUGAAUGGACAAACAACAAAUUGACAGUCAUUGUUGAUUGAUAUAUGUGGCAAACUGAAGUCCUUUUGUGGGAGCUAAAGUGGUGGGUGAGAUAUUGAGUAGUCGUGGAACUUGUAUUUUGUGUUUAUUUGGAAACUAAACAUGCCUGGGCAAAAGGUUGAAACUGGUCACCAAGAUGUUGUUCAUGACGUGGCAAUGGAUUAUUAUGGUAAACGUCUUGCUACAGCAUCUUCAGACAACACUAUCAAAAUAAUUGGAGUUAGCAAUUCAGGAUCUCAGCACCUUGCAACUUUGACUGGUCAUCAAGGACCUGUGUGGCAAGCGUCAUGGGCCCAUCCUAAGUUCGGUUCACUCCUUGCAUCAUGUUCUUAUGAUGGAAAGGUUAUACUCUGGAAGGAGGGCAAUCCAAAUGAAUGGAUCCAGGCUCAUGUUUUUGACGAUCAUAAAGCCUCUGUCAAUUCUAUUGCUUGGGCUCCUCAUGAACUAGGCCUUUGUCUUGCAUGUGGAUCCUCAGAUGGAAACAUCUCAGUCUUUACUGCAAAAUCUGACGGUGGGUGGGAUAAAUCUCGAAUUGAGCAGGCUCAUCCGGUUGGCGUUACCUCCAUCUCUUGGGCACCCUCAACGGCUCCUGGUGCUCUUGUGGGUUCUGGUCUACUCAGCGCUGUUCAGAAGCUAGCAUCCGGUGGCUGUGAUAACACAGUAAAAGUGUGGAAGCUUGACAAUGGAACUUGGAGGAUGGACUGCUUCCCUGCUCUCCAUAUGCACACUGAUUGGGUCAGGGAUGUCGCCUGGGCUCCAAACUUGGGACUUCCAAAGUCUACCAUUGCAAGUGCUUCUCAAGAUGGAAAAGUCGUAAUAUGGGUCGCGGUCAAGGAAGGCGAUCAAUGGGAAGGAAAAGUUCUAAAUGAUUUUGGAGCUCCCGUUUGGAAGGUGUCGUGGUCACUCACUGGGAACAUCCUUGCUGUGGCCGAUGGUAAAAACACUGUAACGCUGUGGAAAGAAGCGGUAGAUGGAGAAUGGCAGCAGGUGACUGCAGUUGAAUAGUAAAUCUAGUUGAUCUUCUCAUAUCUUUUCCAAAUACAAAAUCUUUCUUGGCAUCUCUUAGACACUUCAGGUCUUUGGCCUCUUCUUGAGACUGUUUUGCUCUCUGGCUAAUUGUGGUAUAGUUUAAUUUUCAUUAACCCUUUUGAUGAAUCUGAUAACUCUGCCAAUGAGUGGAAAACUAGUAACUGGUAAUCUCUACAUUUUCAAUUUAAAGGUGAUUCAUGGGCAAAA